AUGGCAGUGCUCAAGAAGUUAAAACUUCUUCUCUGGAAGAAUUUCAUCUUAAAAAAGCGGAAGACUCUGGUAACAGUCCUUGAAAUUUUGACACCGUUACUAUUUUCUGCAGUUAUACUGUAUCUUCGUCUCAACAGUAUGCCAAAAAAAAGAUCUGCUACUACUUACCACCCAAUUGAUGUCAGUUCACUGCCAGAAUUCUUCCAUAAUUUUCCACUGAAAAAUAGAUUUCAACUAGUUUAUAUCCCUUCCAAAAGUGAAACAUUGAAAACUCUCACUGAAAUGGUGGAACAAACCUUUGACGUUGAGUUCGAAGUUCUAGGCUUUUCUUCAGUGCCUUUGUUUGAAAGUUAUAUAAUUAAGGAUCCCAACUCUUUCUACGUGUUGGUGGGAAUUGUUUUUGACCAUAACUUCCAUGACAGCAAUGAACCUUUGCCACUUGAGGUUAAGUACAGCUUGCGCUUCAGUUACAUUCGGAGGAACUUUGCAUCAUUGAGGAAUGUAUUUUUUCAAGAUGGCUCAGAAGGCUGGUGUACAUCCUUGCUUUAUCCUCCUAACCUAAGCCAAGAACCUCGGGAAUUUACAGAUGCUGAUGGAGGAAGCCCUGGCUACAACAAGGAAGGCUUCCUGGCCAUACAGCAUGCGUUGGAUAAAGCCAUCAUGCGACACCAUGCUCAAAAUGCCACAGACAUGCUUGAGAGUCUCACUGUGCUCUUGCAGAGGUUCCCAUAUGGGCCCCAUAUCCAGGACAAGUUCUUUGUGGUACUUCAGAAUGAGUUUCCUCUGUUCCUUAUGCUCAGUUUCAUCUGCAUCGAGCUCAUCAUUGUGAAUUCCAUUUCACUGGAGAAGGAGAGGAAACUGAAGGAGUACAUGUGUAUGAUGGGAUUGGACAGCUGGCUACACUGGGUUGCUUGGUUCAUCACAUUCUUCAUCUCUGUCUCCAUUGCUGUUUUUAUCAUGACCAUUCUCUUCUGUACAAAGAUAAAUAACGUGGCUGUAUUCAGGAGCAGUGACCCUACUUUGAUAUUUAUUUUUCUAAUGUGUUUUGCCAUUGCCACAAUUUUCUUUGCAUUCAUGAUGAGCACAUUCUUCCAAAGAGCCCAUGUUGGAACAGCCAUAGGAGGUAUCAUCUUCUUCUUCACCUACCUCCCUUAUCUGUACCUCACUUUCAGCUACCACCGGAGAAGCUAUGUCCAAAAGAUCAUCUCUUGUCUCUUCUCAAAUGUUGCCAUGGCAUUGGGAGUCCGUUUUAUCUCUGUGUUUGAGGCAGAAGGCACCGGCAUCCAGUGGAGAAACAUGGGCAGCAUCAGCAGAGAAUUUAGCUUCACUCAGGUGCUGCUGAUGCUCCUGUUGGACUCGCUCUUGUACUGUGCGAUAACCUGUUAUGUGGAGUCCAUCUUCCCAGGGAGCUAUGGAACACCCAAGCCUUGGUACUUCUUUGCCAUGCCUUCCUAUUGGUUCAAGAAACCUGUUCCAGUUACACAGGCACUGCUGGACAUGGAGGAUACUGAGAAAACUCUGAAAAGCAAGUUCAUACAGGAAGAGCCAACUGAUCUGAUAAGAGGAAUUGAAAUCCAGCAUCUAUACAAGGUAUUUUACAGGGGAAGGAGUAAACUCAUAGCAGUCAGAGAUCUCAGCAUGAAUAUGUACAGGGGGCAGAUCACUGUGUUUCUGGGACACAACGGAGCAGGAAAAACCACCAUCUGCUCCAUGCUCACAGGUCUUAUUGUCCCUUCAAGUGGGAAGGCACUUAUCAGUGGAUAUGAGAUUUCCAAAGACAUGGUUCAAAUCAGGAAGAGCAUGGGGUGGUGCCCCCAACAUGAUAUCUUAUUUGAUAACUUCACAGUAGCAGAACAUCUUUUUUUCUAUGCUCAGCUAAAAGGCCUGUCCGCCCAGAAGUGCCCUGAAGAAGUCAAGCACAUGUUGCACCUCCUCAGUCUGGAGGACAAGCGGGGCUCAAGGAGCAAGUUCCUGAGCGAGGGGAUGAAGCGCAAGCUCUCCAUCGGCAUCGCCCUCAUAGCAGGCUCUAAGUUGCUGAUUCUGGAUGAGCCCACCUCAGGCAUGGACGCCAUCUCCAGGAGGGCCAUCUGGGACCUUCUUCAGCAGCAGAAGAGUGACCGCACCAUCCUGCUGACCACACACUUCAUGGACGAGGCCGACCUGCUUGGGGACCGCAUUGCCAUCAUGGCCAAGGGGGAGCUGCAGUGCUGCGGGUCAUCACUGUUCCUCAAGCAGAAAUAUGGAACAGGAUACUAUAUGACUUUACUGAAAACACCUUGCUGUGACACAGAGAAGCUUUGUCAUCUUAUUUAUCAUCACAUACCAAAUGCAAUUUUGGAGUCCAAUGUUGCAGAAGAAUUAAUAUAUAUACUUCCUAAAGAUAGCAUACACAGGUUUGAAUCUCUAUUUACUGACCUAGAACUGAGGCAGACAGAGCUGGGAAUCUCCACCUUUGGGGCCUCUGUCACUUCAAUGGAGGAAGUGUUCAUUAGGGUUUGUUUAUUGGCAGAUUCCAGUGCACCUAUCUCAACUGAGACGCAAUCCCAAGUCCGUCCCCGUCCCCUGAUUAGCAGAGUUCCUGUUGACAGAAUUAAAUAUCUUCAUUCAAGGAUCUUCUCAAUACAGACAGGCCUACCAAUCAAACCAAACACCGGAUUCAGUCUUCUCUGCCAACAAUUCUACGCUAUGCUCCUGAAAAGGGUCACAUACUCGUGGCGCAACUGGAUGUUGAUGUUAUCUGUACAGAUCCUGGUGCCUCUGGUGAUCAUUAUGCUAAGCCUCAUGUUCUUCAAAACAAAGAGCAUAGAAAGUAUUCCCUUGGAGUUGACUCUAAAAACAUAUGGUCAGACUAUUGUUCCGUUCUUUGUUUCUCAGAAUUCCAGCCUAGAUCCUCAACUUUCAGAUAACUUUGCAAAUAUGCUUGUGGAUGAGGGACAGAUUCCUCUGCAGGUCCCAGGUCCUAUACAGGAGUUCCUGUUAAAAAAGGCAAAAGAGGAGCCUGAGGAAUUUGAUAGUCUCUAUGUGGUGGCAGCUUCCUUUGAAGACGUAGAUAACCACACCAUAGUGACAGCGCUGUUCAAUAACCAGGCAUACCAUUCCCCUGCCCUGGCUUUGGCUCUGGUGGACAAUCUUCUCUUCAAGUUGCUUUCUGGUGCCAAUGCUUCCAUUACAGUCUCCAGCCACCCUCAACCUCAGACAGAUAAGGAGCAGUCGGAGAACAUCUUGUACCAGGGCCCGAAAGGACAUUACCUUUCUAUCAACUUGCUUUUUGGAAUUGCUUUUCUGUCUAGCUCUUUUUCCAUUUUGACAGUCACAGAGAGACGCAUUAAGUUCAAGCACAUUCAGUUCGUGAGCGGCGUCCAUGUGACUGCGUUCUGGUUCUCUGCUCUGCUGUGGGACCUCAUCUCCUUCCUUGUUUCCACUCUGCUGCUGGUGGUGGUGUUCUUAUAUUACAAAGAAGAAGCUUUCACACACCAUGAGAGUGCCCCAGCUGUGGUCUUGAUGCUGAUGCUCUAUGGCUGUGCUAUCACACCCUUCAUCUAUGUGGUCAGCUUCUUCUUUGACAGUGCUGGUAGUGCUUGUGUCAAGCUCGUCAUAAUGCUCACCUUCUUGAGCAUUGGCCCCCUUGUGCUUGUCUCAGUCACAGGUGAACAAGAACUGGGCUACACAAAAAUCUCAGAGUCCUUGGAUCGUGUGUUCCUAAUACUUCCAGGGCACUGCCUGGGGAUGGCUUUUACCAAUUUGUAUUAUAAUUUUGAACUAAAAAAAUUUUGCAGCGCCAAGAACCUGAACGACACUGAGUGCAACGAUGUUUCUGAAGGAUAUAUAGUCCAAAAGAACAUCUAUGCCUGGGAGUCCCUCGGGAUGGGGAAGUACCUGACAGCCCUGGUUAUCUCAGGACCUCUGUACAUCUUCCUGCUUUUCCUUAUCGAAACCAAUGUCUUCAGGAUACUGAAAGCCAGGCUUUCUGACUUCAGCAUAAAGCAAAAUUUGGUGAUGCUCCCCAAUGUAACAUUAUUGCCCAAAGACCAAGAUGUAAAAGAGGAGGCAGAGAUUAUUGAGACUAACUUGGAAUUGUUGCAAAAGAAAAAUCCACUAGUUGUUAAAGACAUGUCAAAGCUCUAUACUAAGAAGGUACCCUUGUUGGCUGUGAACCAACUGUCCUUCACCGUUCAAGCAAAAGAAUGCUUUGGCCUUCUUGGCCUCAAUGGAGCAGGGAAGACUUCGAUUUUCAAAAUGCUGACUGGGGAGAAGUCUAUCACCUCUGGGGAUGCUUUUGUCAAGAGUCUCAGUGUCCAGUCUGAUCUAGAGAAGGUGCGGCAGUGGAUCGGUUACUGUCCUCAGUUUGAUGCACUGCCAAAUUUCAUGACGGGCCGAGAGGUACUGGUCAUGUAUGCCCGGAUCCGGGGCAUCCCCGAAUGCCUCAUCAACACCUGUGUGAACCAGCUUCUUGAGGACUUAGUCAUGCUUAUGUAUGCAGAUAAUCUGGUAAAGACCUACAGCGGUGGUAACAAGCGCAAGCUGAGCACUGCCAUUGCCCUCAUUGGAGAGCCUGCGGUCAUCUUCCUGGAUGAGCCAUCCACUGGCAUGGACCCCGUGGCCCGGCGCCUGCUCUGGGACACUGUGGCCCGGGCCCGUGAGUCUGGCAAGGCCAUUGUCAUCACCUCCCAUAGCAUGGAGGAGUGUGAGGCCUUGUGCACCCGGCUGGCCAUCAUGGUGCAGGGUCAGUUCAAGUGCCUGGGCAGCCCGCAGCACCUCAAGAGCAAGUUCGGCAGUGGCUACUCCCUGCAGGCCAAGGUCCACAGAGAAGGGCAGCAAGAGGCGCUGCAGGAGUUCAAGGCAUUUGUGGACCUGACCUUCCCAGGCAGCAUCCUGGAAGAUGAGCACCAAGGCAUGGUUCGUUACCAUCUGCUCAGCCGUGACCUCGGCUGGGCGAAGGUGUUUGGCAUUAUGGAACAGGCCAAAAAGAAGUCCAAGUUGGAGGACUACUCAAUCAACCAGAUCUCCCUAGAGGACAUCUUCCUGAACCUCACCAGCCCUCCGACAUUUGUCCUCACGGCACAAGGCCUCAUGAAGAGGAGGAACGAGAUGCGCAGUGCCCGAUACAAAGUGAACGCACGGCUAAGCCGGGCCGUGCCCGUGGCUGGCGCGCAGGUGCGGGCGGUGAAGACAGGACACUGGGAACACACGGGGGCAGCAUGUGGUCAAGGCGAGGGAUGCACUGACAGCGGGCUGAGCGCCACGGAGCUGCCCAGCGCGCCACGGAGCUGCCCAGCCCGCCGGCGCCAGCAUCUCUACUCCGGCCGAGGAGGCGGGGCGGCGCGCUGGUUCAGCCAAUCGGUGACCUGCGUUCGAAUUCGCGUCCUGGUGCAGCCAAUCUCGGGAUCCCAGAUCCGGCGGGGCGGGGGAGGUGGGCGUGACCGGAGGGCGUGGUCCCUCGACCCAACCAAUAGGAACGCCGGGCGCGUUUGA